UCAAUUAGAUUAUGGGAUGUUAAAACUGGAUAAUAAAAUGCAAAAAUGAAUGGUCAUACUAGUUGUGUACGAUCAGUAUGUUUCUCACCAGAUGGAACUACUUUAGCAUCUGGCAGUUAUGAUAAGUCAAUCCGUUUAUGGGAUGUUAAAACAGGAUAAUAAAAAGCCAAAUUGGAUGGUCAUACUAAUUCUGUCCAAUCAGUAUUCUUUUCACCAGAUGGAAUUACUUUAGCAUCUGG